UCGAUUAUCGAGUCAUGAAUAACAAAAUAAGUGAGGAAAAAUUGCGGCAAUACCACGAGGUGUCCGUCGAAUUGGUUCGAAAGUGUGGUCCGCUCUUCCUGGAGGGUUUCCAGAAGCCAAAUGCUGACUAUGAAGUCAAGUCAGCCUUCUACGAUUUGGUCACAGUGUACGACAAGCAAAUUGAAGCAACACUGUCCGCGGGUCUGCUCAAGGCCUUUCCGGAAUCGAAAAUAAUAGGGGAAGAAGCCUUGGCCGAUGCCAAAACUCAACCCGAACUGAGUGAUGCGCCCACCUGGAUCAUAGACCCCAUAGAUGGAACUAAUAACUAUGUGCGGAGGAUUCCCCAUUGCUGCAUUUCAGUGGGCUUGGCCAUUAACAAGGAGCUUGUCGUUGGCAUCGUCUAUAAUCCGGCAGCAAACGAAUUGUACUCCGCUUGGCAAGGUCAUGGAGCUUUCUUGAAUGGGCAACCCAUCAGUGCGUCGUCCAACGUAACAACGAUAAACCAAGCCGUGGUGGGCUACGAGAUCUCCCUGAUCGUGGUGGCCAAGGCGCGCGACAGCAAUGUGAAGCGUCUGUACAAGCUGGCCUCGAAUGCCACUGGUACUCGCAGCUUUGGAUGUGCAGCGCUCACGCUCUGCUAUAUAGCCGCCGGCCGAUGUGAUGCCUAUCAUGUGGAGAAUCUAAAGCCCUGGGAUCUGGCCGGCGGUGCCAUAAUUCUCAGAGAAGCCGGUGGCUUUGUUUACCAUACCAGCGGUGGCAGAUUCGAUGUGAUGAAACCCGAUUGUGUGUGCACUUGCUCCGAAGAAUUGGCCAAAAAUGUGAUUCAAUUAAUAAAGGAAGCUGAUCAGAUUACAGGUUAUACGUUUAUAUGAACAAGAGUUGAAAAAUAUAUAAGAUUUACAUAAGAUUUAAGUAACAUUGAUCAUAAAGUCCCUUUUGCUAGCUCCAUUACGUUUUUCUUUAAUCUCUAGGUCAUCUAGAGGGUCGUCACUUUUUGUAUAGGAUGUGG